AUGAUAGCUUUGCAGACGCCCAUUAAGGAUAUCGAGGUUGAGUCGGCGGAUGUUGCUGCUGAUGACGUUUUGCUCGAGUACAUCGGCCAGGCUCCACGGAUCCCCACCAAGGCGACCUCAGCUGCGGAAGGCUCAGUAGAGGUGUUAAGAAUUCAGCUCAGGCCAGCCGGGGAGCUGCAGGCCCUGCGUGUUUUGCGAGACAAGGAAGCCUGUACGUUGGACCACGGCAGGCGGCCGAGGGCAACUGAGGAACGCCAGAAAGAAGUCAAACGGCAGUUCGAAACUCAAGUGUUGAAGAAGAGAGGCAAUGAAACUCUCCUGGAUCGCAUGUUCAGUGCUGCUGUGGAUGCAGAAGACCGUUGUGCUGUAGUGCAGCUGUGGAACGAAUACGUCGAGGCGAACCCUCACCAAUGCGAGUCUUUCGUAGACCUGCUAGUCCAGUGGAUGGUCGUUACAGCAGUGAGAAUAGAUUAUGUUCUUAUUGCCAUAACCACUUUGUAG